AUGGAGAGUAUUUAAGAUCUUAAAACUUUGAUGUAUAACUAUUUACUUAUAUUUCAAGUGGUCAUAAUUUUAAUGCUGUCAAUUUUAGUAAAUAUAUGAUAAACAAUGAUUUUUCAGAUAUUGAUUAAUUAAUUAAGCAUUGUAAAUUAGAGAGUACUGGACAAAGAUUCAAUAUCUGGAGACUAUUUUUAAGGUAAAUAAAAUAUUAUAAACUUAGAAUAUAUUCAAAAGAAGAUUCAUUUACAUAAAAAAUAGAAAAGUUAACUAAACUAAGAGAAAAUUAUAAAGUAUUAGAAAAUAAGCAUUUGAAAACUUCAAGUACAUCAACAUAAAUUCCAAUUGAAGAACAAACUAAAAAGGGACCAUUAGGAGGUCCUCUUGGAGGUCCAUUAGGAGGUAGUAAAUAAAAAUAAUAAUCAUCUAAUGCAAUUGAUAAUGUAGAAUUGAGAAAUGAAAUCAGAAAAGAUGUUGAAAGAACAUAUCAAGAAUUUGAAUUCUUCUCUUCAAAAAGGGUUUAAUAAAUACUUACAACAGUAUUAUUUAUUUGGUGUAAAGAGAAUAGUGAGAUAUCAUAUAGAUAAGGAAUGAAUGAAAUUGCUGCUUCUUUAAUAUAUAUAUACACUAAAGAGGCAUUAUAUAAGGAAGAAGUUGAAAAAUAUGAAGAAGUAAAUAUCAUCAAAAUUAAUAGGCAACUGAAGAAGAAAUUAAUAUUCUUUUAUAAUUUAAUUCUUGGGAAUAUGCUGAAUCAGAUAUUUAUAUCUUAUUCACAGCCUUAAUGAAUGAUGGUUAACAUAUGGAAAUGUUUCGACCUAAUUAUACAGAAUAAUAAAAAAUUAAACUUUAAAGUAAGAAGCCAAGUGCUAUUCUAACAAGAGUUGCAAAAUUAUAAGAUAUUCUAUUAAAGUAAGUGGAUUUGCCUUUGUUUCGACAUCUAAAACUUCUUCAAGUUGAAUUCUAAAUAUUUUUAUUAAAAUGGAUAAGGUAUAUAAUAUAGCCAUAUUUAUUAGAUGUAUGUUUACUAGAGAAUUAUCAUUAAUAGAAUCAUUUUCAGCAUGGGAUGCAAUUUUUUAGGAUUUUUUAUUAUAAUAAAGUGAUUCAUUAUUCUUUAUAGAUUGUAUAGCUAUUGCUAUGAUAAUAUACUUAAAAAAUUAAUGUAACUUAAUAUAAUAAUAUUUAGUAAUGGAGUGUGAAGAAUCUAGUUAAUGUUAUCAAAGAUUUUUAAAAUUCCCAAAAAUAUCUAAUCUUUCUAGUUUAUUAGAUACAGCAACAUAAAUAAGAACUAUAUUGAUAUCUCAAAAAUCAUCUAAUAAUUUGGAUGACAAUAUUGAAGGAACAGAAAAAUUAGAAAAAUUAAUAAAUCCUGCAUUUUUUGUUUGUGAUAAUGUAUAUUCAAAUAUUUAAAAUUAACAAGAUAAAAAUAAAAGUUAAGAAUAACUUAAAUAAUCCUAAAUAAAAUCUUAAUAAAUUAUUACAAAAACUGAAGAAGAAUAAUCUUAAUCACCAUAAUCAUAAAUUAAUGAAAAAUAACCAAUUAAAUAAUAAGAAUCAUAAUAAGUAUUCUUUGAUGAAAAGAUAAUGUAAUCAAAUACAAAGGCUUAAAAAUCAUAGUUUAAUGUUGAAGAAAAAGUUUAAUAAAAAGAAUCAAAUUAAAAUAAUGAAUAAAAAUAAAUGGAAAUAAGAUUAUCAAUAAAGAAAGUUUAAGACAUAUGUGUUACAAUAGAGGAAACCUUUAAUGUGAUUAAAAAAAGCAAUAAUAGGUAUAUUUUGAUGUUCUAAUUAAUUUAGUUAAAAUCAUUAAGAAUUAAUAAUUAGUUUGGCUGAAAUUAAAUAAUAUUUAAACAAAUAAAUAGAUGAAGUUGAAGAAAAAUAAGGAAAUUAAUAAGAUGUUGGUUAAAAAAAUAAUCAUAGUGGUUUUGUAAUAAAAAAAUCAAUUACAGGAUAAUAAUAAUUACCAUAAGAAGAUAAUGGACUUAAAAGCAAGAUGGCAGGUUUCUUUAAGAAGAAAUGGUGA